UAAAUACUUCUGAAUGUUUUAAAACAUCCAGCUUUAAUAUUGAGCGUUUAAGAAUAAAUACUUUAUAGAAAUGAAGCUGCCGGUGCUUUGUUUGUUAUUGUUGUCGGUGUGGGGUGCCGUGAAGGCUCAGGAUAGGCUGAUUUACGACAUAAGUUCAAAGCCUAAAUGCACGGUAGUCAACCGGGGACCAACCAGAAAAUGUCAAUGGGCCGCAGGACUAGAUAUGACAGAUCUGGCUGUAGAAAGGGGCCGAAUCGUUGCCUACAAGAUCCGUUGGUUCAGUGGAAGAUGGUCUGGCUGGUAUGUCCCGGGACUUAACGAUAUCGACGAGAAAUUCAACCCCAGCUCAAAACCAUGUCCUAUGGCAUACAAAGCGAACAGUAUGAGACGAAGAUGGGCCAACUUCUACGACCAUACGCACGAGUUCAUCAUUUGCAAACCCAACUAAAUUACACAACAUGUUGCCAAUGAUGCAGUACGAGAACUACUUAUACAUAUAUUGGGUCUUAAAACAUCUUCUUGUUACAUGAUGUAUAAUUAUUCCGUAAAUGUCACUUUAUCAUUUCAAAUAUUAAAUGAUUUGAAGUCUUUCAACAAACCCACUGGAAAAAGAAGUUACAUACUUCAGUCUGUAUUUACUUUAUUGAUUGAUAUCAACUAGAGUUGCCAAUAAAAGUUAAGAACUGCA